UCUUUCGUCACUCGUCGGUACAAGCCGCGUUCGCGGUUAGCAGUUCGGUAAUUCAGUUCGCGUGCACUGGCGUUGGUGAGCGGUCGGAUCGUCGCGGGCAUUACGCCAAUAAACGAGUAAUCGAGUACACACAAGUGAAUAAGCCGGGAAACUGACGACACGCCACUCGAUUCAUUCCCGAUUUGAAUCGAUUCGAUUAUCCCGAUCCGCAACUGUUUUUUGUGACGAAUGAGUGACUGUUCGCUAUCCAAAACUUUCGUGGAACCACGCAUCAUGGAGAGCUGUUACAAGCUGUACACAUGGAUCAACCACACGGUGCUGAUGCUCCUGUUCCAAAUAUUCUGGAAGAUGAGCCAGAUAUCAGACUACUUCAGGGAAAAGUCGGUCGAGGAAGCAAAGCAAGAGAAAACAUUCGUCAUGACACCACUCACAAAGGAAUCAAAGCUCCGCAGGCAUAUCAGGUCGAUGUCUGACGUCCAGAGCAGCACGCCCUACAGACUGCCCUUCAGGUCACGAAAAGGCAGCACCCAGACCCUCAUGUACGAUUCCGACACGAGGGCGAGGCGGAUCCGAUCCUACAACCGUCAUCUAGAAUCGUCGGACUCAAGUGACUAUGAAGCACCAAGAAAACUGUCAAGUCUCGAAAGGAACAUUCUGAAACACUCAGAUUCAAUGAGGAUCCUAUAGGCUCAAAUGUACGAGCUCUUCAGAGGCUGUGUAAAAUGACUUUAGUGCAAGUUAAGAGCCAUAUUUGAAAAAUAUUAGCUACACUUGCAUUGUAUUAGGUAGUCCUAUAGUGAUUAUGACUGUGACACGCAGAUAGCAAUUUCCUCAUGAGACUGUGAUCGUAAUAGAUUAAAUUAUUCUAUGAAGAAUAAUUGUGAUUGUGAUUAUUCUUGUAGAUAAAAUAUUUAGCUGUAAGAUUAUCAUUUUAAAUCCUUUCGUGGAUUUAAAAAUGUAUAGUGAUAAGUUACAAAGGCCAUAUAAAAUGAGUCGUUUGAUAUAAUUAUAAUUUCAGUUUUUCUUUCUUUAUAACAUUAAUUUGUUUUAGAGCUUCUUUAAUAUUCUUUGAAGAUUAUUUUAAAUUUUCAUUAGUUUCUUCUCUAUUGGGUCGACUUUUAGAAUUCAAGUCGUCGUGCAAUCAGAGGUUUUUGUACCUUAUGAAAAUGUGCCUAUUUAUUUCCAUAGAUCUUU